GAUUAAUUUUAAUGUGAUAACUUUUCGUAAUCGUAAUUCGUAAUAUACUUACUACUUAAAAUGAAUAUGGUUGUGUACUCCUCACUCGUAUAAUCGCGAUUAAUUGAAAAAUCUAAUCAUUCACGUUAUCUAAAAGUACUUUCGAGAAUUCCGUAUUUACAUUUCAAUCGAAAUGCGUCGAAACACCUCACAAAUCACUUCUCAUUACGCGUUUUCAUAAGCUCGACCCUUUGUUCGUUCUCGCAUUGUAUAUUAAAUUCCAGCUGUUAAUUACCAAAGUAUUAGAUGUGCGACGUAGGAUUACGGGUAAUCCGAGGUCCGGAUUGGCAUUGGGAUGCCCAAGACGGCGGUGAAGGAUAUGUUGGGACUGUUACCGAAUUUGGCACCAGGACAUCUCCUGAUAAGACAGUUGUGGUAUUUUGGGACGUCGGAUAUAAAACCAACUACCGUAUAGGAUACGAUGGAGCUUACGAUUUACGAAUAUUCGAUAAUGCGAGCAUAGGUGUUACUCAAAUUCACGUAAUGUGCAAUGGCUGCAAGAAACAAGACUUUACCGGAAUGCGUUUCAAAUGCGCUCAAUGUUACGAUUACGAUUUAUGUUUCAAUUGCUACAUGAACGAUUGCCACGAUUUGACUCAUUCGUUCAAAAGAUACGACACUAGUUCGAACAAUGGAUGCGUUGAUUUACCACCUCGAGAUACAGCACGUAAAAUUGAAAUCAAAGGUGUUUUUAUCGGAGCCAAAGUUAUUCGAGGACCGAAUUGGGAUUGGGGAGAUCAAGACGGUGGAUUAGGACACGUAGGCAAUGUAACUGGAAUCAAAGGAUGGGACAACGAAACCGAUAGAUCUGUUGCGAACGUAGUUUGGACCAAAACUGGCAUCAAUAACGUAUACCGGAUUGGCCAUAAGGGCAAAGUAGAUAUUCGAGCUGUGAAACCAGCCGCUUGGGGAACAUGUUACAUAGAUCAUUUACCAGUCCUAGGUCAAAACCACAACCUGACAUCUCUCGUACCCGAAGAUGUAACAAACUUCAAUCCUGGUGAAAAAGUGAAAGUAAAUGUACCCGAAGAAACGUUGAAAAUCUUACAAGAAGGUCACGGAGGUUGGAAUCCUCGAAUGACUCAAUAUAUAGGAAAAGUUGGAAUCGUGCAUCGAGUCACCGAUAAAGGAGACGUUCGAGUUAAAUUCGAGAACUGCAGCAAUCGUUGGACAUUCCAUCCGCAAGCUCUAGUCAAAGUUAAUCGUUUCAGAAUAGGUGAUAAAGUACGCAUCAUUAGCGACGUAGCCAAAGUCAAAGAGCUUCAAAGAGGUCACGGUGAAUGGCUCGAUAUCAUGGAAGGGGAUAUCGGUAAAAUAGGACACGUGACAAAAAUAUAUUCCGACGGUGACCUCAGGGUAAAUAUCGACGAUCAAGCGUGGACUUUGAAUCCUCUGUGCAUUGAACCAAUUCCAGAUGUUGAAUCUACAUCCAAUAUUAACGAAUGUUCCGAAGAAUUGAAAAGAGCAAUUAGCGGUAUAACUCGCGUGAUUCAGGAUCUAGAAACCUCUGAAGAAGCCUCCAUUGAUCAUAUUCUUCGCGAAGUUGAACGAGGAAAUUUAGAAUUUCUCGACAAGUACUUUUCAAAAAAGAGAUCAGGCGAUAAUUUGGUCAGCGACGAACGAACCUGCCUACACAUUGCUUGUCACGAAGGACAACUAAGAUUAGUUAGAUUUUUAUUAUCGAUUGGAGCCAACUUGGAAACACAAGAUUCAGAGGGAGAUACCGCUCUGCACUAUGCAACUUAUGGCAAUCAACCCAGUAUAAUCGAAACUUUGCUGAGUUAUGGCAUGAACGUGAAUAUAGUGAACAAAAAUCUUUGCUCAGCAUUGCACAUCGCCGUUAACAAACAAUUUCGCCAAUGUGCUCGUACUCUUUUGAGAUUUCAGUGCAAUCCAAAUCUUCAAGAUUCAUUUGGAGACACUGCUCUUCACGAUGCUGUCGGUAAAGGAGACACAGACUUGGUUAAUUUAUUAUGCAACGAAAGCAACGUCGAUUACACUCUUACCAAUAACCAAGGAUUCAAUGUUCUCCACACUUGUGCUCUGAAAGGUCAUGCUGGCAUAAUGGAGAAACUUCUGCAAAAAGCUAAAACUCUAGUAGAUGUCAAGAAAGAUGAUGGAUUCGCAGCCAUCCACUUAUCAUCUCUGAACGGUUAUAAAGCUGUCACUAAGAUCGUAAUUAUUAAAGGUCAUUCGGAUAUAAAUUUGAGAAACGAUCGUUUGCAAACACCUUUACAUUUAGCUGCAUCUCAGAAACGCUACAGUGUUGUCGAACUGCUGGUUAAAUUGGGAGCAGAAGUGAACGCUAUUGAUGAAAACGGAGACACCCCGUUACAUUUAGCUUUGACCAAUAAAAAAUCUCAAACUCCGGCAGUAGAUUUUGAUCCGGAAGAAGCUCCGAGUAUUUUCAGCAUCUCUAACAAAUUACAAACAGCCAAUACCAAUCCGGAAAACCUGCUUUUAGUCGCCAUGAUAUGCUAUUUAUUACAAAACGGUUGCAAUAUUUCAAUAACUAAUAAAAACGGUCAAUCUUGCCUGAGCCUGAUUAAAAAGAGUCAAUUAAUCGAUAUUCUAAAAGGUAUUCCUGAAUUACUGCCUCGUCUGGAAACCAGUUCGGAAGGCGAAGGAUCCUCCGAUUACCAAACCGGCGAAUACAGCGGUGAUUUGGAACUACGUCAGAUACGUUCAGACUCCGAAGACCAAGAUUCAGAAAACGAUCCUGAUCAUUCUCGCUCAGUACCGGUAGAAUGCCUCGUCUGUUCCGAGCUAGCUGACGAUAAUGUUAUACUGGAACCUUGCAAGCAUAAGAUCGCCUGCGAGGAAUGCAGCUCGCGGAUGAAGAAAUGCAUCAAAUGUGGCGCCGUCAUUUCUAAAAGAGUUACUCGAGAUGGACGCAUCAUACCUGGUAAAUCGCGUCAAAGAAGCGCCGAAAGAUUACGUUACCUGGAGAGUAAAAUUGCCGAAAUCGAAGAAGUUCAUUGCUGCCCUAUUUGCAUGGAAAGACGCCGAAACGUCGUAUUUCUCUGCGGUCACGGUGCCUGCGACAGAUGUUCUUUCACCUUGACCAUGUGUCACAUGUGCCGAACUGUGAUAACCAAAAAGAUCAAUCUUUAUUAACUACAAAUACCUUAUUUUCUACGCUCCUCGUCUCAUUUUCUUGUACCUGUAUUUUAAAUGUUUCUCUCGAUGGAAAACUUCACCAAAAUAUUCGUAUUUCCCUGUCGAGUGCUUUUUUUAAAUCGAAAUUUUUUUCUGAGUGAUGAACACCCCGUUUUAUGCCCGAACAUUUCAUUACGAAGAACAACGAUACUUUUUUAAUUUAAUUACGUACCUUACCUACUUUUGUUUUAUAAUUCACAUAUUUUUUGUGUGUGGGUGCUCAUUUUUAUUGUUUUUUCGUUUUAUUUUUUGUUUUUUCUUCUUUUUUUGUUGGUACUAUGUACCAUCUGAUCAUACGAUCAUACGGUGAUUUAUUUGCAAUAAUCGUGUCGAAUACGAGUUAUAAAUUUAACAAGGCAAUCAAAAAUUUAUUCUUGUUGACUUUCUGUCAUUUUAUUUUGAUUUUCCUAUCUCAGAAUAGCGGGUCUUUUUCAUACUUAAACCUUUACUUUAUCGAUGUCUUGUGAUCUAGUCUUUUUAAUUAGCGUAGAUUUUAUUUUUAUGACGUAUCUCUUAUUCGAGCACUCUACCAAUUACGUGUAUACCUAUAUAGAGUCAUUUGUUUAUGACAUUUUAUGAUUCUAUUAGUGGCAAUUUAUGUUUUACGUGUUUUAAAAAAUAUAACGUACGAUUAUAGAAAAAAAAA